CAAUUUGUUGAUGUUCACGGGAGUCGCAUUUUAAUUUUACGGAAGAUUUCGAUUUAUUUGCUAAAAUGUUACUUCCCGGCAACAACAUCAAAUUUUUCGUAACGUGAUAGUAGUGAAGCAGUGACAGGCAGUGAAAUUUGUUGAAGAAUUACCAAUUUUAGUGCAUUUUUGACUGUUUUCUGAUUCUGCUACAUUUACGACCUUGAAAUCGCUACUCUCGCUUCCAACAUCAGCAACAGAAUCGGAAACAUGGAGGAAUCUCAUCAUCGCAGCAUAAUGGAUCAUCUGGAAAUGGGAACUGGUACUCAUCAUCUACAAGAGGAUCUAUCCAAAGGAGUGCUUCGAACGAUUCAUAACGUCGAAAAUGGAACGUUGCAUUUCAUUACGAUUCCUCCAGCAUCCAGCAGCCGUGAACAGGAAUACAUCGAAAGCUCCCUGUUGGGUGCAGAUCUACUAUCAAAUCAUCUGCCUAAUGGGUUACUGGUGGACUAUAUCAGCAACCCAGGACCAUCUACACCGAACAAUCAGUUUCACCAGCAAACAACAAACUUAAUGGAUCAUCACAACAGUAUUCAAACCUACACGGCCGAAGACCUUCAAACGCUGGUCGAUGCGAGUACCUUGCAAACUUCGGAGAAUGAUCGAAAACUAUUUCUUCAAUUCGUCAACAAGCCGACCACACAGAUAUCCCAUGAAGCACCGGUCAUUGUUACGAAUCCUAAGGAUAUGUCUUCCGUUAAUUCGUUGAGUGAUCACGACAAGCUAACCCAAUCACAAUUGGCCAAUGUCAAUCACAUGCCUGUUGCCACAUCUGGAAGUAACUUCAUUCACUACCAUCAUCAAGAUCAACUUCUCAAUACGACGCACCCCAAUAUGGCCAAUCUAAAUAGUUCGGGAAAUAUUCUCACUACCCACCAUGGCACGCAUCAUCAUCAUCAUCAUCAUCCUCAUCAUCACCAUCACUCUCAUCACCAUGCUCCGGUAGCAGUUUCUCAUCAGAUAAUACAAAAUACAACACAGCUCCAGCAACAGUCACUAUCACAGCCACAGCAGCAACAACAACCACAGCAACAACCGAAUCAAACGCACCUUUCGUCAAUCCAUCCUAUGUUGCAAAACGAUUGCGUUCCCCCUAAAUUAUUUCACGUUGCUUCAUCAGCUACCGCCAGUACAAAUAUUGCGAUUAGUACCGCAACAAGCCAGAAUUGCAUUCAAAUGCCCCCACUGGCGCCCAUCAAACGUGUUGAAUCUCCUAAGCGAUAUCUUGCCUAUCAAAUGGCUCCAUCGCAACAAAAUACUGUCCUUGAAAGGCCACCCUCCGAUAGCGUAUCCACUGAGGGGUUCAUCUCCAGAGAAGAUCUCAUGGAGUGCGAACCUCGUUCCGAUGAUGAAGACGACAUCGAGUCCGGGACAGGACAUAAUACCAACAGUCACUUCGCUAACACCUACCUGCCUCACAAGAAGCGACUUGCCAAGAAAUUGGUCGUUUCGAAGAGUACAAACCACCCGGAUCAGUUCCAUCGGGAUUCGGUCAUUUCCAAUGAUCACCAAAGUCAGCAGAAUACGGGCACCGUCAAGGAAAAACCUAAGGCAUUUGCCUGCCAACUUUGCAGUGAAUCGUUUGAAGAUCAGUUGAUUUUUUUUACUCAUCUAAAAGGUCACUACGAACCCUUGACGGGAAGUCCACUCGAUGAUGGCAAAGGAAAUGACCCGAAGAAGAAACCAAAACUUCCACGAGUGAAACAUACCAAGAAGCUGCAGAAUGACAAAUCUUCUCGGUCUACUUCCGAGGACUUAGCACAAGGAUUAAACUACCAACCCAAUCAUCAGACAGCUUUCACCUCGCAAGUCGUCAACCACACCGAAAGCGAUCGUCUUUAUCAGCAACAAAAUCAGCUUGGCACUGACGUGAUUGUCAACCCUCAGCAGCAAACAACAGUGCCGGUUUGUACCGAUACUGAAGCAGCCGGAGAGUUUAGCGAGACCGAAGACAUGUUGGAAGGCAUCCGAAAUGUUGUACAGAAAGUGCAGGAAGCCGUCGAUACGGAUACUAACGAUGGUCUUGGACUCAGCAUGGGACGCAGCACAGUGGAUGAUAAAGCAUGGUUCCAAACUCAGCAGCAGCAGCAGAUACCAACGGUAGUACAGUCCGAAAUGGUGAAAGCGAUUGAUUUUGCCAGCGAUCUGGAUGCACAGGAGAUUCACAUCAACACAGGAAACGACAACUUUGUGCUGUUUCUCAACAAGUCGGACUUCCAGGAACAAGAUAUAUUGGAGCACACCGCGCAUCAAAUGCCGUCCACCCACCAACAAUCAACAAAUCGGCUAUCCUCGAACUCUCAACAGCACGCGAUUCUUCGUCACUCGCUCCAACCAAACCACGACCCAUCAACGUCCUACAUACUGGAAACCGGGCAGUCACUCCCGCAGCCAACCAUUGUCGACGAUUGUGACAUGAACAGUAUUCAAAUUCUUGGCCUCAGUACGAACGACAUCGAAAACCACGAGAUAGCCAAGCUGGUGGAGUUCAACCUUACAGCGCCGCAGUUGAACGAAUUGGACGGGACCAAGCUUCUAAAAGACGAACAUAAACCAAACGAAGAUCCUAGCGAGGGCGACUUGGACGAUGAUAACGAAGAAUUCUAUGUAUCCGACGAUGAAGAGGGUGAAGGAGAUGCGUUGGAGGCUAACGAUGAUAGUGAAGAUCAUGCGGAAGUCGUUGAUGUGAGUCACCGGUAUGGUGAACCUAAUCAUGUUAACAGCUCAAGACCAGUAGUGACCUUAUCUGCCCCUCCGGGUAAAAAGAAAGGUCGGAAAAAGGCCAAUGGAGAAGCUUCGGAUGAAACAGGGAACGAUGAUGGGUCGAAGAAGGCUGGCAAAAAGUAUCCCUGUGCUGAACCAGACUGUGAUAAGGUUUUCAAUUCGAAAACGGCAGUUCGUUACCAUGAGUUGCAGCAUAAGAACGAACGGCCCUACAACUGCAACCAAUGCCCGAAAAAUUUCUUCACUUCCAGUGCAUUGAAGGUACACGAGCGGUUGCAUUCCGGAGAGAAGCCCUACAAGUGCGAGGAAUGCGGGAGAGCAUUCCGCCAGUGGGGUGACAUGAAGUACCACCAAUCCUCCAUACACUCGAAUGAGAAAACGCAUCAAUGCGAGUUUUGUGGGAAGAAAUUUGCACGCCGAUACUCGCUAGUGCUACACAGAAAAAUACACUUAAACGAAAAGAAUCACGUUUGUGAUAUUUGCAACAAAGCUUUCCGGGCUAGUUCGUAUCUUCAGUCGCACAGAAUGAUUCACACCGGUGAGAAACCGUACUCGUGUACGAUUUGCAUGAAAAAGUUCCGCUGCGGAGGGGACAUGAAGCGCCAUCUGAAGACGCACGACCGAAGCAAAACUACGUCCGGCAGCCACAAAACGACAGUACAACUCGAUGACGAAUCGUUCGACAAAGCAAAAUCCAAGGCUAAUACGGCAGCUAAAACCCCAGCAACGGAUGUGAUAGAUCUAACGAAAAUCAAAAGUGAAGGCGGAAGCAAAGUGAGAACGAUUCAUGCGUCACCGGUCGUUACGGUACUCUCCAAGGACAUCAACCAAGCGGCAGGCGGACCAGGCAGUAGAAUAAGUAGUGGCACCUCUUCCGGCCAACUGAUUUACCUCACGCAGGCCGCUGGGGAUCAGUUUCGAAAGCCAGAGGAAACCGUACUGAUAACGGAUGUAACGCGGUGGUGAAAGGGGGCGGUGGAGAAAAUGCAAUUUGGUACUGUGUGUAAUAGACUUUUUCUAUUUUAAAUGUUUUUUUACGUUAAGUCUUAACUGUAUUUAAACAUCGUGUAAGGAAAGUAUUUUACC